AUGGAGCGGCCCGGCGGACAGGAGCCCGACGUCCUGUCCACGCGCCUCAACGACCGCCACCACUCGGGCGCCCCCGUCUUCACGAGCCGGCUCGCCCAGCGCAAGAGCUUUGCGCCCAGACACGAGUUCAAGGAAAACAUGCAGGAACACCACCAGCAGCAUCCUGCCUCGCGCCUACCCGUACCCUCCAAGUCGCCGUCGCCCGAACCUCCCCGCAGUAGCUCCGCGCACUCGGCCACGCGGAUACCCAGGCCGACACCCUUGCAGCAACAGCAGCAGCAGCAGGCGUCGCGCGCCUCGCCCAACGCGCGGAGGCCCCUGAGCUUCACCGAGGCGUAUAGGAUGGCCGAGGAGGAGGAGCAGGAGGCGAUGAGGGGCUCGCCCAGCCCGGCGCCGCGGAGCUGGCGGCACCCGCGCGCGGGCGGCGACGAGCACAACAGCAGCAACGAGCAGCGCAUGCGGGCCCUGCUGAACCAGGCGCCCCUGACGCUGGGCCGCCGGCACAGCUCCCGUCACUCGUCGUCGGGCUCUAGGGGGGCGGCGGCCGACGACGACGACGCGCGCAGCUCGGCUGGCAGCGUCGGGUCGCGGGCGAGCGACUUGUCGGACGAGGCUGUCGAGCGGAGGAUGAGGCAGUACGAGCUGGACCGCUUGCGCAUGGAGGGCGUCCGAGGGCAGCAGCAGCAGCAGCAGCAGCACAAUGGCGGGCUCGCCAGGAACAGUCCUGGUCGGGCGCUGACGGAGCGAGAGCGGCCGCUGGAACGGACGACGAGCAAUGGGGGGCUGGAGGUGCCUGCAUCAUCAUCUCACCGGCCAAGAUCAUGGGGACAAGAAGGCAAAGUCGAUUCUAAGUGGCUCAGGCGUGCCAUCUCGUCACCGGGACAGAGCCAAGGGUCCGAGAAUGUCGUGCCCGAUGGCCGCUUCGGAUACAGACCUCGGAGCCCUGCGGUCAAUGCUACAGCGGACAAGGCACCCACUACGCUGAGGCCAGCCACUGUGCCUCCUCGGCCCUUUUCUCCCAGCAAGAGCUUUGCGUGGCAGGCCGAUGCCGAUUUUACCGCUGGCGACCUGCAGGUCUCGGAGAGCCCUAGAGUGACUACCAGCCGCGGCUACGCCUCAAGACAGAGGAACACUAAACUCGAUGAGAUUCGACAAUUGGAGAUUGAGGCCGAGCUCAAGUUUCCCUCGGAAGACGACUCAGUUGAGGUUCAGCCACAGCUACAUCCCGAAACUCACCACCGCGAGAAGCAAGCUUCACCAGCAAGUCGCAUCGCAAAACGUACAAACACCAAGCUCGACGAAAUUCGUGCUCGCGAGAUCGAGAGCCUUUCUAGGAGAGCCCUCGCUACGGCCAGGCUCGACGAGAUCCGAGAAAAGAACUCGAAUUUCCGGUCGCCCUCGCCCGAGGUGGAGAGGAAACCGCCUGCGGAACCGGAACGGGAACCAAAUCCGGGCGGCAGAAGCAAGGGGGAGGAAGAGUCGCAGGAGCGAAGUGUGUUGGAGGAAGAAGGCGAGCAGAUACCCAACACGCCAAUCACCAUCUUCCGAACCAUGAAGAACAACAAGUCUCAUGGUGCAGAUGCAGAGCCCAGUCGGGAAGACAGUAGCGAGCGAGAGAACAAGGCUCCCGAGGAAGAGAGGCGUAGGAGUAGCUCGCACUCGCGUGAAGACUCUCGAGAUGUGCUUCGCAGGUUAUCCAAGGCAGCAAGCAGCAGCCCCUUGCCUGACGAGCCGGCGCCACGAGAGCGAGAGCGAGGCAAGGGGAAGGCGAUGCCCGAAUCUGUCAAGGACACAGUCAAGGACAACGAGAGAAAAGCAGCGUCCCGCAAGGAGAAGCCUUCUGCCUCGUCGCCCGCAGACAACGAGGAUCCCCCCAAGGCGUCAGUCGGCUUCGCAGAUGAGCUGAAGCGCGUCCCGUCAGUGGAAUCAGCUUCAACUAAGCGUUCGAGCAAGGUGUAUUCCGAUGUGGACCCCAUCGAUCGGAUCGAAGGCGAGGCGAAGCUGUUCGCGCCGCUCGACAACUAUUCGGAGAAGGGAUCGACCAGGGCACCGUCGCCGGGACCCAACGGUGAUGAAGAUGACGACGACGACGAUGGUGGAGCGAACGCGAUGGACGAGACGCCCAAAGCGAAGCGCCCGGAUCCCCAGACUAUGCCUACACCCAAGGUCACGGGAGCAUAUGUGGAAACGCCAGUCACGGUCAAGGUGGACAAGACGUGGGACGAGCCCGCAGAGGGUUCCAAACCCGACCUCACGAAGCCCAUACCAUCCGUCGCCGUGGCCUCGUUCCUCCGCGAGAGGCCGACUCGCAGCCGCAGAUCCGAUAACAGCAGAUCCGAGCCCGUCAACGGCGGUAACGGCAGCAGCAACAGAGGCGAAGCCGGGCGCUCGUCGUCGGUCUCGUCAUCGGCGCGGCGGUCAAGGUCCAUCCCGCGCAGCAAGUCGCCGCUCAUCAACUCGGCCAAGCCGCCCUCGGUCCGCGACGACCUGAUGGAGAUCCACCGCCAGAACCAGAUCGACGACUCGACGCUCGACGACUUUGCCGAGCUCAUGGCCUCGGCCAACCUGCAGAUACCCGCCGACGUGGCCCUCAGGGCCCUGGAGGCGGACGUCGACGAUGACGAUAACGACGACAGCGACGAGCAGCAGGAGAAAAAGGAGAAGCAGAAGCAGAAGGCCGCCGCGCAGACGAUCACCACCAAGCGCGAGACCGAGCUCGAGACGUUCGACCGCAUGAACAGCCGCCUGCAGUCGGGCCUCCUGGGCAUCCAGACCGCCAAGCGCGGCAUAGAGCGCCUAGAGGACCAGGUCUCGCAUGCGCAGGUGCAGACCCCUGCCGUUGCGGCAGGCGAAAAGGCCAAGCUCAAGGCAGAAGACGAAUGCCACAUCUGCACCACCACCGCCGCCACCGCCGCCGCCAGCCCCCAGCAGGCACCGGCGACGUACCUCCACCUCCGCCUGCCCACGCUCUACCGCCGCAACCCCCUGCGCCUGACCCUGCUCGGCCUGGCGGCGCUGCUGCUGGCGCUCUGGCUGGCCGCCGAGUCGGCCGCCUGCGCGCGCUACUGCCGGCCCGAGUACUGCGCCCCGGGCCGCGACUGCGCCUGGUCCCCGGACGACCCGUCCUUCGGGGCCGCGCUGCCCGUCAAGCUGGACCAGUGGGUCGCCGGCGGGCGCGGCCGGCGGCUGGCGCAGGCCCUGGCGGAGCCGGCGUGGGAUCUCUGGGCCGACGCGCGGGACCUGCUGGCGGGCGUGGACGCCGCCGGCCUCGACACGCGCGGCAUGACCCCCGCCGAGAGGAGGGCGCACCGCCGCCGGCUGCGCAGGAAGGGCUUCGUGCGCGGGUGGGAGGAGCCGCGAGGGCCGGCGGAGAGGGAGAAGCUCGAGGCGUGGAGGGCCGUGGGCAAGGCUGCGCGCCGGGCGCGGGAGGCGAGGGAGGCCGGGUACGAGGAUGCUAUGGGCAUGGGUAUGGGGUCCGGAGGGGGAGGAGGAGGAGCAGGGCAGGACGAGGAGAGGAUGGGCGGGGACGAGAAGGUGUCGCCGCCUGGGUGGUUUUGA